UUAUUCAUAUUUAUUUGCCUUUAAAAUGCUGGUGUGUAAAGGUACAAAAAAUAAAUAGCAAACUUAAAAACAAGAAUUUACAAACAUUGUAGGGUUAACUGUCACCGGAAGACAGCAGUGCUGUGCACGAGGAGGAAAGCUACCGUUUAUACCAAACAGAAGAAGAAGACGAAGCAGCAGCAGAAGAGGAACCGUCAGCUGAUGUUGUUGUUAUUGUUGUUGUUAUUGUUUAUUUUGCCUAAACUCUCAGUGAUGAAAAACAACCAGGACGUAAAGCGUCAGUUUUUCACGUGCAGCUGUUUCACCACGGACAAUAUUUUCCUGCACAAAUACAAACUUCACGUUCGCUUCGUGUGUGAGCAGCAGUUUAUGCUGGACUAUGAGAGCCUGCUCAGGAAACUCGGCUGCGUCACUGAACGGCACUUUACUGAAGUACUCGACGAGAUUUCUCAGGAAGUGGACAGACGAGGGCGCCUGAGCGCGGCGUCUGCAGAGAGAGCCGUGGUUAUAACAGACACUUACCAGCCUCUCCAUCCUCAUGUCUACCAUCUGCAGGAGUCUUACCUCGCUCCAAAGUUCAAGGAGAUCGUGGAGUUCUGUCGAAUCGGCGACGCCAGUGAACAGGGUCUGCGAGACUUGCUGGAGGAAGUGACAGCUCCAAGAGUUUACCGCUUCCCUGUGUUUGAGAGAAACUUCUGCGAGGAGCUGGUGGAGGAGCUGGAGCAUUUUGAGCGGUCGUCAGCACCCAAAGGAAGACCCAACACCAUGAACCAUUAUGGGAUCCUCCUGAAUGAACUGGGCUUUGACGACACUUUCAUCACGCCUCUCCGUGAGCAGUAUCUACGUCCACUCACCUCGCUGCUGUACCCAGACUGUGGGGGGCGCUGUCUGGACAGCCACAAGGCCUUUGUGGUGAAAUACGACAUGAAAGAAGACAUGGAUCUGAGCUACCACUACGACAACGCAGAGGUCACGCUGAACGUCUCCCUGGGCAAGGACUUCACUGAGGGGAACCUUUAUUUUGGAGAUAUGAGACAGGUUCCGUUAGGUGAGACGGAGUGUACGGAGGUUGAACACAGGGUCACCGAGGGCCUCCUUCACCGCGGUCAGCACACGCACGGGGCUCUGCCCAUCGUCUCCGGUCAGCGCUGGAACCUCAUCGUCUGGAUGAGAGCGUCGCAGGAGCGUAACAGACUGUGUCCCAUGUGUAACAGGACGCCCACACUGGUGGAAGGAGAGGGUUUCGCUGACGGCUUCACCAGAGAUUCUGCUGCUCUGCCCUACGUCUCCUGUGUGUUAACAUAACUUCUCACAGUUUCAUUCAAGUAAAAAGAAAAAGAAAAUCAGAGGACUUCAGCUGAGUAGAUGAUGACAGAUUGUGUUCAUGCAGCUCAGGAAAGUGGUCACGUGACCUUGACACACAUCUAAAUGUGUUUUUUGUGAAUCAUUUAUCACAGCACCUUUAUCUGAAAUACAACUACGUCCUGCUGAGGGUCACAAAGUGGCUAAAACAUACUUAUACCUGGGCCACACUGGUUGUGUGUGCAGUGUUUGCUGAUCAGAUGGUUUUUCACACAUUAAUCUUGUCUGGCUGCUGGAUUAGCAAGGAUUAGGAGAGAUUUUUCUGAAUGUUUAGGUGGUUUAAGGGUUGAUUCGCCUUUGGAAUUUAGGAAAAUUUGUUUUUAAUGAAAAUCCGAUUUCUCUUUAAAUUCCACUGCCAAAAGCUCCCCUUUGGCUCCUGUAGUUAAGCUUAGGCUCUCUUGAGGUUAGAUUUUUGUGUGUCUGAUAUAUUGUGUAUAUGCUUGUAUUUUGUUGCACUUUAUCCCCAAGGGACAAGUAAAACUUGAUUUAAUAAUUA